AUGUUUUCGAACACACUUCGCCGUAGAUUUCCACUCGGCUUGGGCUUUUGCUCCGAAUGCCGGAGGCUUGUGAUUGUUGCUGAUAAUGGCGUUACUCAAGAACAUCAUCUAAAUCUCGCAGAGUUGAAAUCGUGCGCUGAGUCUGUGCAGCCGGCUCCCUGCCCUCUUUGUCGCUUGAUGUGGGCAUCCGUUCAGUCAGACAUUGGGCCCGCCUAUCGCAAUCAGCUUCUUGAGACUUGGCCCCCCGGCCAUGUCUUGCUGAUAACAGGAAUAUUGAAAAUGAAACAAAAGGAUUCAAUAUCUAUCUCGGUAGGCGAGCCAAAGGGAAUCCAUACCUACGAUCACCACGUAACUGGUUCGAUCGGCGUACUCUCGAUCUCUGCAAACGAAGGUACAGUCCAGUCUUCCUACAUGUAUGAGUCCCCAAGACUAACAAGAUACCUUUAUCUAGGGUCCCAUGAAAGUCGGGAGAUUCAGGGGACUUUCGCAGAGCUGGACUGCCUAACCAGCCAGGCCGGCGACGCCCACAGCGAGCGCAGAAAUCUGACAAUAACGAGGUGGCUGGACCACUGUCGCCAGGCGCACGAAAGCUGCGAGGGAAAAGUGCCCCGCAUCUUGCCGCCCAGGCUCGUCGAUAUCAGUGACUCGUCCAAUAUUAGACUGGUAGAAAUGAACCGGGGAGAGAAGGGACGAUACGUGGCCUUGUCUUAUUGCUGGGGGGUCAAGACAAACGGCCAAAGCGUUCAUCAGGUCAAGCUCAAGCAAGCCACGUUGAAUGAUCUGAAAGCUGGAAUGGACCAGUCUCGGAUGACUCGAACACACCUCGAAGGUAUGCAGGUUGCCCGGGAGCUGGGCUACAGGUAUAUCUGGAUCGACGCGCUGUGCAUUAUGCAAGACAACAAGAGAGACUGGGAGCAUUCAGCCCUCCUGGUCCCUGAGAUCUACGGAAAUGCCGAGCUGACAAUCCUUGCGGGGAGAAGCGAUAAUAGCCGAAAAGGAUUUGUCAAUCUUGCAAAAUGGUACAAGCCGAUAGCACUACCUGUUGAAGUUCCGUACGCGAUGCACCCGGACAUGGUAUACGAGUCAUCCCAGAGGCGGACUUGCAGACUCCACUUGCCAAGGAAUCAGAACCUUGGCCCAGCUUACCGGCGGGCCUGGUGUUUCCAAGAAUUCAUGCUGAGUCGGCGAGUCAUCGCAUUUGGCAUGGAGCAACUCAUGUUCAAGUGUCGAGAAAACAUUUCGUUUGAGGAUUUCUUCCAAGAGUCACCGGAACUAAGUCAGACAAUCCCAUUUGAGAUGGAGUUGACGCGCGACCUGGUAGUGUUUGAGUGUCCCGAGAAACGCUGUGCUUCGAGGGGUUGGUCAUUUCCCACUGACCGCAGGGACAAGGGCAAACAAACUGUAUGCUCAGAGCAACGUCACUCAAUGGAGUCAGCCUUGAGCGAGUGGCACACCAUCAUGAGGAUCUACUCAACCCGAAAUAUCUUUGAUCCGUUCGACUGUUUUGCUGCACUCGCCGGUGUGGCCAGGCGAUACGAAAAGGCACUGGUGUGGGCAACCCGCGCCAAACCCAGGUACCUGGCAGGGAUGUGGGAAACAAAGGAGUUCUUUCGAGAACUCUUGUGGAAAAGUUCUGAGGGGCCACUGAGAAGGCCUCGGAAAGGGCAGUUGCCUCAACCCUCUGAGGUCAUCGAAAGGGCGCCUUCGUGGUCAUGGAUGGCUCUCGAGGGAUCCAUCGAAGUGUCUCGCCCGAAUGCAUACGAGAAGCCACAGCCCUGCUGUUUCCCUGCAGACGAUACGGGCGCCUGGGCCCCAAGGGAUUGGGGAAUUGAUUUGGCUUUGGAAGAAGCUAUCCGGGCUACUUUACCUUUCAGUAUCGAAGUCAGGGGUCGUCCCCAUCGGGUGGUACUCUCGGCAGUGCCUAUGCGAUCUGUUGAAAAUAUUUUCGAGGCCGCGCUAGGAUAUGGCUAUGAACCACCUUCGGGACGUGCCUAUUCUAUUGUUCGUCGGCCAUUGUACGAGCGUCUAAUACACCAGGGCGUGGUAUUGAGAGACGGGGACCCGCCCAUCAACUGGCCGUUUGAUAUACCUAUCGCUAUAGGGCUAUUGGACAUCGAGGGAGAAGAUACUACGGAGCUUUGGGCCCUACCCAUAGCCUUGCACAGUGUUUUGAAGGUGCCACACGAGGGUCUGCUGCUUUCAAAAAAGGCAAAUGGAGCCUUUCGCCGUGUCGGAGUAUUUUGGGUUCGACAAGCUGAGAUUUUCUAUCACACAGAGGAGCAGGUUAUCUCAAUUGAGUAG